AUGGCCGAAAAUAAAGUCGACUGUUUACCGAGAGCUCAGCGACCUAGGGAAGAGGACGAGGUAUGGUCGAAGGGCGAAAUGGGCUAUCCGAGGCGUUCGCUGUUACCUUGCGAAGAUACACCAAUUGAACUAGUAAGUGAUAGUUUCGACUUUUAUCCGAAGCAGUCAUCGGUAUUGUGUCGAUUUCAUUCUCUUGAAAUAUUCGAAAAAUGCGAAAAGUUUCGCGAAGCAUGA